UGCCAUGGAACUUGUCGCGGCUGGAGAAGGUGCAUUUCGACAGUGCAUCACUCUGCUACCGAUACUACCUUUACCACUGUCAAAAACAAAAUCAUCCACCAAUUUUCCAUUAUUGUCUAACGCUUGUGCCCGAACACCUGCCGGUCCCCUGCUCGAUAAACGACGCAAAUGAUGAUGAUAAAGAUGACGAAAUCGUUAAUAGCUAUUCUGCCAACUGUUGUUGCACCUACCUUCUCACAUCUGUGUAAGUUACUUCAGGAAUGAAUUUCUUUAAAUCUCUCACCGCGAGUGGAUAAAAUAUGGAUUUAAUCAUCUCUUUGCACCCGGGAAUGAAAUACUUGAAACACAGUUUAUAUAAUCCCGGAAAUUUGGCCAUCUCUAUGCAAUCCUUUAUGUUUAUAUCCCGCCAUCUGAAAAUGGUAAAUGGUAAUCGUUUGCAAGGUAAACUACAACGUCGAUUAGGGAUAGUAUCGGGCAUACCGAUAACCCUCUCUUGCGAACGCCAGAACCGCGUUUGGACCAAGCCAUAUGUCGCCGUUCACCCUGGGUGUAAAAUGGACGCCUAAGAAAGGGAAUCGGGGAUCCGGUACGGGGUAUAUAUUGGUCGUGCACAGGUGUUUCUUCUUCUCGCUUAGCAAUAGAUACUCGCCGCGAAAUGGAACGAUUCUUGGGCUUAGAUCGCAUCCGGUCAUAACGGCCAAACGAUCGGAGUGCAAGCCGGCGCAAGUCAGCACGUAUUUUGCUGGAAUACACUGCAAUCGUAAUGAAAAAACAAGGGACAAUGUAGCAAUUAUGUGGGGAGCGUUGCGGGAAAACGUGAGAAAGGCUUACUUUGUUCUUAGAUUGCACCGAGAUGGGAACCAAUUCUUGAUUUCCAUGCGACUCUGACAUUUCCGCGAAUCCGGUCACUUCGUAAUUUAGGAAUAUCUGACCGCCCAUCUUUUGAAACUCGUCGGCGAAACUUUUACAGACAACCGCCCAAUCGACUAUACCCGUCCAGGGCGACCACAGUGCUUUCUCUCCCUGUGGCAAUAUAGAUGCACGUUUUAUUGUGUUUUAUUGUGUAGCGGGAGAGGUUUGUUCCUUGCGAGGAAACGACAUUAAUUUCAGUACUCGACAUUUUGGCUCGUAUUUCGAUAUGCAAUCUUUCUCGACCACUUCUAGAUCCGGCACGUUGUUCUUCGUCCCGCGAUCGAACAGAUCGUCUAUCCUUUUAACCUGAUCUUUGUUCUGUGCGACAAUCAAUUUUCCAACCUUGUUGUGCGGUAUAUUGUGCUUGCAGAAAUACUCGUAGGACAGUUUCAAUCCUUCCACGCAUAGUUUAGCCUGCAAUCAUUUCCUGCCGGAUCAAUAAACUCUUAACGAAGCGUUGCUCUAAUAACCGAUUUAACGUUUCCCGUAGUUAAUGGUUGUAACUAUUAUUUAUAAUGCGCUACGCGAUAGAAAGAAAACGGUCCUAAGAAAAACAUUUCGUUUGUUUCUUUACUUUCAUGCUGCCGGGUACAUAAUAAAUUCCGGCAUGUACAACGCCGCUAUUAUGUCCUGUUUGAUGUUUCGCCAAAGCACUUUCCUUCUCGACGAUCGCCAUCUUUAGAUUCGGGUGUCUAAUCAUCAUUUCUCGAGCAGUGGCGCAACCAACAAUGCCACCCCCAACGACCACCAAAUCGAACGUGCCGCAUGGAUCUGUGCUGGUGGAACUGAUAUACAUUGCUCGAUUAAAAUCAUUGCGAUCGCUAUUAUCGACACGAUCUUAUCGCGAUCGCGACAGAUGAACGGAUUUUAUUCGGUUUCAAUGUAUAAAAAAGCAUUUGGGAGAUCGAUGACCGGCUAACCUGGGUUGUUGCGAACCAUAGUGACGCAUGAGAGAGAAUUGUUGGGAUACGAUCCUUUUCGUCAGGGAAGUAUACGCAAUAGGCUUCAUGUUGCAAUUGUUCACUUGAAAUUUAGAGUCGUCGAGUUUCUAGAAAAGGUACAAAGACAUUUGGUGAGACAUCCAGCGAAGCUGUAAUACUGCGACGGGAUAGCGUUUAAUUGACCUCGAAGCAUGUGCACCACGAACACGCACGUGUGCAUGCAAGCAAGUACGCGCGGUCCAACGACUCGGCAUUAAAUUAAUAAACUUAAGUUGGCAUCGGUUCAACGACGGCACGUUCCAGCCGUCAUCGUGCGAUACAUACCUAGUACAUUUUGUCUGAAAACGAUCGUUGUCGCGCGUUUCCUUUUACUGAUUUCAAAAGGUCGACGACAGCUUAAGCAUCGCCCACAAGUAAAUCUCGUGGCGUGCAUUCGAUGCUCGAUCCGGAACUGGAUCGACCUGGACCGAUUGAUCGUUCCUUCGAGAAUCACAAAUAUUCGUCCCGAUGUCAGUUCCUUUGAAGUUCCGCAGAUUUGCAUGGAUUUGCGUGAAGAUCGUUUGCGAUCACGCGUUUAGGCCACGUGUUGGCGUUACGUAACACGAAACCAGCCAGUGGUCGAACGAUCGAAUACAAUGCGUAUUAUAGUCUUUACGAACAUGGCGGUUACCUUACCUUUAACUCGGUCUAGCCAGAUAUUCGUCGCAUACGGUUUUCGACGGAGAAUUUUGCUUGCACGCGUACCUUCUCGGUCAAUGAGCCGAAAAAGGAUGACGCGGCGUUCUGUCGGUGUCUGCCCUGGUCUCUCUGCCCUUGCCCGAUAAAAUCGUAUCUUCCUUCCUGAUAUGUGGCGCCUCCCUGUCAAAAGAAACGUAUCGAAGGAACCAGCGAGAGGGAGAGAGGGAGAAGUCUCUCCGACAGGGCCGUAACAGAGCCGGACGUGUUCCAUCGAAUUCGCUCGAACGUUGUUCCCGUCGCGUCGAUUUCCGCGCGAACGUAGCCAACGUCGAGUUAUCUCAUCGGAAACAAUCGCACGCGUGCCUCGGUGAUGCGAGAUCUCAUUGCAAGCAUAAGAAUCGAAUGAACGAGUGACCGCGUUUAUCGCGUGAGCCCGGCGGGGAACAGCGUCGUCCCUGAUCCACAAUGCGCGGAAUACGAUGCGCAAUUGCUCGCGGCGGCUGGUGUCAGUCAACCCGGUGACGGCUUCCUGCGCGCAUCGUUCUCGCGGCGUCUCUUCCCGGCGCAACCGUCAGCGAACCAAUCGAAACGAAAUUGUGAGUUUCUCGACCCGGUGAACGCGCUUCGUCUUCGAUAGAAUCACGGGCGCGCGGAACCACGGAACAACGACCACCGCGACGCGUCGCGUUUCCGCGUGAAUCGACGAGAAAGCCGAGGAAGCGCGCGUCGGCGUAUCCUUGCGACGCGCGAUCGCCAAAAAAAUGUAGAUUCGGUUCUCACGGGACCGGAGUGCGACGAUGUACAUGGGAUCGAGAGUCGAGCGUCGUAACGGCAGAUAAAAAGGACACGAAUCGGAUCGGAUCCAGACGAAAAUCGGAGCUGCUUACGAACGUUGCACCGUUCGAUCGAAGAGGAUGCGUCGCGACGACGGGAUAUCGUGACGAGGAAAUCGAGCGAUUCCGCACGCCAUCGACAACACAACGGAGUUUACGGGCGUUCCAGGCGUUCCGGGUUCCUCUCGAGCAGCCAAGUUCGAAGGCAGGCUUAGAACGUUCGGAGAGUAGUAGAAGAUCGUCGUCGGCAUCGCGUGGAAAGGAUGGACACGAGAGGGAAAUUGUGAUCGUAGGUGGGCAUCGCGGCGUCGUCGAGACUAGCAGCUAGCGAAAAGGAACGCAGGGGAGAUCGAUCGCGGGUCGGUUCGUUCGGUCCGCGGACAAUCCGACUGGUUCGCCGAAUAGGUUUUCGUUUUCGAAUCGUUCGUCGAUCGAAGAACGCAAGAGAAGAGAGUAGACUGGGCGAGACAAGAAUAGAAUCGAGUAGGAUCGACUCGGAAUCGAGCGCCGGAGCGAAGGAGUGGCUCUCGAUCUCGGUGAGCGGCGUGGCAAUCGGCGUGGCGGCCGAAUCUCUCGAGGAGAAUGGAGGACGAACUGCGAUGCCCUUGCUGCAAGGAGCUGUUCGUGGAGCCGGUGCUGCUGCCGUGCUGGCACGCUCUUUGUCUGUCGUGCGCGGUGAACUUGCAGGCAGCCCCGGACUCACCGCCGGAGUCGACCACCGACUCGUCGAACGCGCCCGGCUCCGACCAGGAGGCCGACAAGCUGUCGAUUCUAUCGGAGACGGACUCCGGCGUGGUCUGCAGCAGCACGUCGACCAGCUCCCGGCCCGGCAGCUACGUCGGCACGCCGGGCAACGGCGGAUUCCCGCCGUCGGGCGGCACCCUAUGCCUCUCCUGUCCCGUCUGUCAAAAGACUGUUUACUUCGAUGAGGGCGGCGCGCACAACCUGCCCAAAUACCGGGCGAUGCAGCGGAUCGUCGAGAAGUACCACGAGUCCAGGAACACGAGGAUGCAGUGCCAGAUGUGCGAGGGCGAGCCGCGAGACGCGACCGUCGCCUGCGAGCAGUGCGAGGUGCUGUACUGCGACGGCUGCAGGGAAUCCUGUCACCCGAAGAGGGGACCGCUGGCGGCGCACAAUCUGGGCCCGCCUCGAGGCAGCUGGCAGUCGAACGGCGGCAAAGGUUCGCGGGGCUCUAACGCCGAGCCGACACCGGUUUGCAACGAUCACAACGGCGAGCCGCUGACCCUCUACUGUGCUCUAUGCAAGAUCGCGAUAUGCGCCCUGUGUCUUCGGGAACGACACGCGACCCAUUCCCACGACGUGCUACCCUUGGCCGCUGCUUGCAAGGCGCAGAAGACGGAGCUCUCGCAAAAUUUGCAGCAGCUGUCGGAGAGGGCCCGCUCGACGACGGAAUUCAUUCAGAGGCUCAAAGGAAUGACGGACAAAGUGCACGAGGAGUGCGUCGCCCUUGAGGAGGAGGUGGAGGACAGGGUGGCGAAUCUGGUGAGCGUGCUGCAGGCGAGGAAAUCGCGGCUGAUCGAGGCCGCGCGGCAGACCAGAGAGGCGAGGGUGCGCUCCCUUAGGGACCAAGUGGCCAGAUGCGCGUCCCAUUUGCAGGCGACCACGGCGCUUCUCACCUUCUGCAUCGAGGCCCUGAAGGAAACCGACAGCGCGGCGUUCCUCCAGAUCGGCGGUAUGCUUUCCGUCCGGGCCUCGAACGCCGCCGGAUCCUGGGGCGGCGCCGAGGGCGUCCAAGAAAUCGCGAGGCUACCUCUGCUCGAUCUCACACUCGACGACAAACCCCUGCGACGCGCGAUCGAUCAGCUCACCUUCGUUCAGAUGAAACCAUCCGAGGGAGAAGAACGAUUUCCAACCGCAGCACCGGGCGCGCCUCUCCUGAUACCCGAAGAAUGUAGCGCCGAGAACAACAGCGUGACAGUCGCCUGGCAACCACCGCCGGGUCACGGAAUCGGCGGAUGCACCGCCGGCCAGCGGGGCCCCGCCAUCGAAGGCUACCUCUUGGAGCUGGACGACGGGUGCGGCGGUGAAUUCAGGGAGGUCUACUGCGGCCGGGAAACGAUAUGCACCGUGGACGGGCUGCACUUCAACUCUCUGUACAACGCCAGGGUGAGAGCGUUCAACAGCGCCGGAGAGGGCGAGUACUCGGAGCUGAUCGGUCUGCAGACUGCCGAGGUGGCGUGGUUUUCGUGGGCGACCGGAGCCUCGGGGAUGCCGCAGGAGGUGUCGAUAUCCGAGGACGCGAUGAGCGCGUCCUGCGAGGGCUACGAGCACCGGGUGGUCCUUUCUAGCGUCGGCUUUUCGAGAGGAGUCCACUACUGGGAGCUGACGAUCGACCGAUACCACAGCGACACCGAUCCGGCGUUCGGCAUCGCGAGGGCCGACGUGACACGGGAUCAAAUGCUCGGCAAAGACGACAAGGGUUGGAGCAUGUACAUAGACCGGCAGCGUUCCUGGUUCAUGCACGGCGGCGGACACGCGCAGAGAACCGAGGGCGGCGUGCAGCAGGGCUCGACUGUCGGCGUCCUCCUGGAUCUGGACACCACCCACACGCUCCGGUUCUUCGUGAACGAUCAACCGCAAGGCGGUAUCGCGUUUCGUGAUCUCUACGGCGUGUUCUAUCCUGCGGUCAGCCUGAACCGAGGGGUCACCGUCACCCUGCACACCGCGCUCGACGUUCCACGUCAUCUGUUGGCGCUUCACGAAGAAUACAUCGCCGACAUGGUUCAAAGCUAGGGGUACCUAAACGUCCUGAAGAAGGGCUUGCUGCAGGAAGUCGGAUCGCCCGGACCCGGGACCUUCGAGAGACCCAGAGAAUCCGACGGGCAACUCGAGAAAAUAGUCGAGGAGAAUCUCCCAGAGACCAAUUGACGUCGAUCGACCAACCGCCGUCGACGUCGUCGUCUCCGCCGCCGGCUCGUCUUGUUCCGACGGAGUUCGAGAAUCGGCACGGAUCACUGCCACCAGGGAAGCCGUUCAACCUGUCUCCCUGUUCGAAGACUGCCGCUUCGGCCAUUUCGAAAGUACAGAAAUUUCGAAGAGUUCUCCGUCUGACGAUCGCCUUGCGAUCGUUCUCUUAAUCAUAUCGACGCGUAUAAGUGUACUCUCUCGCGUAGACGUAAGCUUUAUCGAAUAGGUAUUUAAACGAAACGCAUUUCGAACGAAGCAAAUAAGUAAGUAACUAAGGAUAAGCAAGGACGACGAAUUUUGAAGGAAUAAAAAAAGAGGAGAGAGAGAGAGAACGGAAGAGAAAGAAGCAAAGCAAGCACACGUACGCACGCAAUCUGGUCAGCUUUAGCGUAAAGUAACGAGUAUCGAAUCGAGUAAAUGUUUUCUAGUCCCCUAUAGGGUACUCCACCCUUGUCCCACGUUUUCCCCGGGUUUCCUCGUUCGGCACUAUUUUGUCGCGUAUCUCGCAUGUAUUCGCGUCACUCUUAUUCGCAUCUUUUUCCAUGGUUUUUAUACUUGAUGAACUUGUUCGCGAGCGAAGCGAAUAUCGCGGAAAUCGAAAUUCCAGCUGGUUUCAAAUACAUGUUGCAGCGCACAAACCACGCGGCCUGUGGCCGCCGGCUCCUCCCAGCGACGUGGAGGAUCAACGACGAGCGUUGUACAUAAUUGUACAUAAAUCAUUCGAUUGUACCGCCGAUCCAACUUGCCAAUUGUAUUUACGACUGUAUAUCCGAUCAAUAAAACGCACCAAAAGCCACCGA